UUCAUCUUUUUUUUCGAGCAGAUCAAGUAUUUACUUUUUACAGUUUGCAACGGUUUUUUCGGCGUCUUUGCUCAUCCUCUCAGCUUUGAUUUCAGGGAUAGCGAGUUUACAAUUCUUCUUUUUUACAACUUUUCAUUAUUAUAUUUAUCUCGUUCCCCUCAACCCCCCCUGUUUCCAAGCGCUAUUACCUGUUACUACGUCUUUCUCCCCUCGACACAAGUUUCCUGUUAUCGCGAAGCAGUCGGUUUAAUAUUACAAAGCAAUAAUGUACUCGAACCAUUACAGCGGGGCACCCGAAAAUUCGUCACAACAACAGCAGCAGCAGCAGCAACAACAGCAACACUACCACCAUCAACAGCACCAUGGAGGGCUCGCUCACGGGAGAAACGGGGCUGUGCCAGUGCGGCACCUAGUGCCGCCACUCCCGCACCUGCACAUGGCCAUGUCUCAAUCAGGAGCAACUCUCCCCGCGCCCGGAUCAUCGCCUGCCUAUCAGUUUGGUGUAGGAAACAGCAACCAGUCAGACAGGGACACUACAGGGGUGGGCAGCUGCGCCUACAGCAAUCGUUCGGCACCAAUAUACAAUGGCGAAAGGGGCACAUACGUGUAUCCAAGCACGCUGUUCCCGUCGCGCCAUAUCCAGGCGCACCAGCAGGACUUCUCUUCGCAAACACCAAGACAUGCACCAGUGAAGCUUCUCCAGUCGUGCGAUAGCUGCAGACGGCGCAAGAUACGCUGCUCUGGCGAAAAACCAACGUGCUCGGCCUGCACCAGGUACCAGGAGAAGUGCCAUUACAGCCCGUUGGCAACGCCACGGAGACGCGUGGGCAAGCGUAUCAGGAUGAAUGCAGAAUACAUGCCAGUCUCGAUGGGUAUCAAUGUGAGCAAAGCAUAUGGUGAGAGAAGUCGUGGUGGAAACGGCGUUGGUGGCUCUGGAGUCGCAAUGCCAAUAAGUGUUUCUGCGUCUGCCUUGGACUCGACCUUGUCGCUGGUGCCUGCGUCUGCACCGGUGUCUGUGCCUGCUACAGUGACCAUGGCAUCAGUUGCACCGAGCGGUAUCAUGCAUUCAUCGGCGUACACACCAUCUGUAGUUGACCACAGAGAGGAGUCUGAGACAGGUAGGAUGCGACGCGAUAUUAAGGGACUGUCGCGCAAAUUCGACAUACUGAGCAACAAGCUUGACAUGUUAAUGGACCUUGUCGGCAAGCGGCAGUGCAGCAGGACUGGCGGAAACCCAGAGUCAGAAUUGGACCUUGACAUUAACAUGGACUCGACAAGCGACGAGGACGAUGGCAGCUACGAGGGCGACGAACAGACCCAGGACGACCAGCUAGACAACGCGGAGGAAGCGCCCCACGAGUUCUCGACUCGAAUCGACAAAACCAGCCGCUUUGGCAUUGACGCUACCAACAUCGGCAUGAUCUCAGGCAUGAUUAGUGACAUGAACGAGCGGCUUGGCAAGCAAUGGCAGGACGUCCGGCAGCCAGUUGAGGGUAUACACGUUUCAGCGGGCCUGGGCAAGUCGGAAGAUAUGCCGACUGAGACACCACAAUGCCUUGCGCUGCUGGAGUCGCCCGAAAUCAAGCAGCACCUCAUCGACAUGUUCUUCCUCAACGCAGGCAUCACCACGGCUUCGCUGAUCCCACGCUACAUAUUUUCGCGUCUUCAAGCUGAGAACCGCGUGCCAAUAUCACUCACUAACAUAAUGAUGGCCGACGCCUGCAACUACUCGGAUUUGCCGGCCCUCAUGGCCGCGGGUCGCACGCUUGCACGCGGUUACUUUAUCGAGCGCGCCUACAAGGGCCUGUUUGACUGCCUGGAGUAUGACUCGGUGGAACACUGUGUGGCCCUUGUACUUUUCUCCAUAAUCAUCACCAAGGCCGGCUUGCAUCGCGCCUGGGUUAUGCACUCGCUGGGCAUGCAAAUGGCCAUUCGGUUGCGCUUCAACACAAUCGACUCGCCGCUGAGCGCGCUGACUUUCAAGAAGGACUCUGAGCUGAUCCGCGAGUGGAAACGCCGCGUGUUCUGGCAGCUCUACACAUUUGACAUUCUCACGUCGUCGAUGAGCGACCUGCAGCCAUCCCUGUGUUAUGCCGAUGUGCGCUGUAAUGUGCCGGUGCCGCUACCGUCCAGGGAAAUGCAGGGCCCACAGCUAGAUCCGGGCCACUAUUUAAUGCUUUUGGGACCGACCGUGGUCUUUUGCGAUGACCAGCAGACGAUUGCAGAGCAAAUUGAGCUUAUCGGCAUCAUGUGCGACAUCACCUCAUUGCAGACUCAGCUAACGCCGGAGGUGAGUCCGUUCCCACCCGCUUUCAAGCAAAUAUUCGAGCACAUUGUUGCGCUGGAGGCCCGCAUACCGCACAUUGCCAUAUUGGUCGAAGGCGAUCCCGCGCGGAUAUCCGAGGUGUUUGAGCACCAGCCAGGCCGGUUCAUCCUCGGCCUGCUAUUCCAGUACACGCGGAUUUUUCUGUGCCUGAUCAAGGACACAUGGCUGCCAACUGCCCGUGCCAUGACGGCCGAGGAAAAGAACACGCUGAAUUGGGCGCGCCAGACUGCCUACGAGUCCGCGCAAGUCGUACACCGUGUGGUGCCCUUUUUGCGCAAAAUGCGGCAAAACACCGUCGCCUCCUACGUGUCCUGUAUCGUGUUCCAAGCGUGUAUCGUCAGCAUAAAUUCAUGCUCUUGGUGGCCGUCGCAGGACGACCUACGCGGCGUUCAGGAGGCAGUGAGCAGCGUGCAAAGCGGGAUGGAUUUCUUUGAAUAUGAGGCGCCACGCCUGGGCUUUUCCAGAAUCCUGACAACCUCGCUGCGCAGCCUGAUAGUCGAGUGUGGGUUCGGAGACAAAAUAAACUCGAGUCAAACACCCGCAGAAUCUAUAGCGUCUUCGUUUUCUGGUGGGGACUCUCGGGGUAAAGAUGCUGAUACCGGAACAGCGACGCCACCGGGCACUGGCCCACAGUCUAUGCCAUCGAGCGACAUUGCUGAGCGGUUUUCUCUCUCGGAGAGAGUCCGGAUGGGCCGCGGAGAGUCGCAUUGGGAGAGCAUGCUGCGCACAAGCGAGAUACCGAGUCUUUUGCGUACUGCGACUGAUAAUUCUGCCAGGCUCUCGCACGCUUCGGGCAGCUCCGAGAUGGCGCCAUCUACGGCCACAUCGCCAAGCAGCUCACAGAGACCAAUGUCAUCAGCGGAAUCAGACGCGCGAACGUUCAGCACUCCGGUAUUGGACCGUACGCAUGAGCACGCAUUGCAGAACCAAAACCAAAACCAGAGCCAAAACCUGUACCAGUACCAUCAGCAGCAGCGUCAUUAUCCCAACUAGACGUUGACAUAAUGUUUUUUUAAUUUAUCGUG